GCUGGUACUAGAGCUUUGUGGGGUUGAAACAGCAAAGAUGAUGACAAAAACAGAGGGAAAACAGAUGAUAUAGAGCUCAUUUUAAGCUAGAAUCAUUGAUGAGUUUUCGGGGACAGAACAAGGACAGCUCUUUGGGAAUGAUUCUCCAGCCGAAUGUGGAGGUGGACACUUUUAGGAGUAUUUGGGAGGAGAGAAGCCGGUUUACUAGUCUUAAUCGGAAGUUAUCUAGAUGGUUUGAAUCUCCUCGGUUGUCCACUGUCUCCGUCGGCAGUAAUGACCGGUCCUCCACGGCCACGCUGUCUGAUUGUUCUGACUUCCCAGAUGUCAAGAGACCCGUAAGUGGGGUGUCCACCAUCUCAUCUGGGUCAGGUUCCUCUCGGGAAGACGUUCCACCCUCAGGCAUCUCAUCUGCUGGUGCAGCCAUCGAGGACAAUGUGGAUUUGGAGUUGAUGCCUGCUGGGAAUCCGAGUGAGACUCGGGACACUCGGAACCUUGGCCAAGAGUCCAGUCUCUACUCGGGGCAAAAUAGCAGCAACUCUAUUAACAACAUCCAUAAUUCUAAACAGCCCUUCUCUCCAUUUGCUGCUCAAACCAUGGCACCCAACCCUGAACUCACCUACUUGGACCGUGUGGUCAUGGAGAUCAUUGAGACGGAGCGCAUGUACGUGAGAGAUCUGCGAAGUAUCGUAGAGGACUACCUUGCUCACAUUAUAGACACUGAUGAUCUUCCCAUCAAGCCAGAACAGGUGUGUGGUCUUUUUGGAAACAUAGAGGACAUCUAUGAAUUUAACAGUGAGCUGCUUCAGUCACUGGACAUGUGUGACAAUAAUCCGGUGGCCAUCGCAAGAUGCUUUGUACUUAAGCGUGAAUAUUUUGAAAUCUACACACAAUAUUGCACCAACUACCCAAACUCUGUGGCUGCUCUUACGGACUGCAUGAGAAACAAAACUCUGGCCAAGUUCUUCAGGGAGAGACAGGCUACACUAAAACGAACUUUACCUCUGGGAUCUUACCUGCUCAAGCCCGUCCAAAGGAUACUCAAAUAUCAUCUCUUGCUUCAGGAGAUCGCCAAGCACUUUGACCAACGAGAGGAAGGGUAUGAGGUAGUAGAGGAGGCCAUAUACACAAUGACAGGUGUGGCGUGGUAUAUAAACGACAUGAAAAGAAAACAUGAGCAUGCAGUGCGUCUCCAGGAAGUCCAGUCUCUUCUCAUUAACUGGAAGGGUCCUGAUCUGACCACUUACGGAGAGCUGGUACUCGAAGGCAACUUCCGUGUCCAUCGCGCUAAGAACGAGCGUACACUCUUCCUCUUCGACCGUAUGAUCCUUAUCACUAAACGUAGAGGAGAACAUUAUGUAUAUAAGACAGGCAUCUCGUGCUCAACUCUGAUGUUGAUCGAGAGUGCCAAGGACCCACUUUGUUUCAGUGUCACUCAUUACAAGCAUCCCAAACAACCUCAUACUGUCCAGGCCAGGACAGUGGAGGAAAAAAAGUUAUGGGCUCAUCAUAUUAAACGACUCAUUUUGGAGAACCAUCAGGCUGUCAUACCACAGAAGGCAAAGGAAGCAAUUUUGGAGAUGGAUUCUAUUUAUAAAAAGUACAGGUACAGCCCAGAGAAACUAAAAAAGUCAAUGUCAUGCCAAGGAGACGAGUUCACAAACUCUGGACAGGGCAGAAGACGGUCAGAACCAUCCAAAGAGAUUUUAAAGACCACCAAAGCAAUACUUAAGCAUUCAGACAGCGAGGGGGCUUUGCCUGCUGACACAAGGCCUUUAGAGGCUACGGCUAGCGUCAGCACUCUGGGUUCAAACAUAAGUGAUUCAGACAGACCCGCUGUAGACGAGGACUGCACUGAAGCCAGCCAUAAUGAAGGACAGGCCUGUAGCUUGACUUCAGUAAAGAGACGCUUGAAUCAGGAGGAAGAAGCUGAAGGGGAGGGAAGUGAAUCUGACGAUAUUCUAAUGGAGGACAACCAGGUAGCUGACUUCGCAAGCACCAUGUUGGCUGCCAUUUCCUGUUGGCACUAUAAAGCCACGGCUUUGCUUUCUAUGGGCUUCCCAACGGAUGAGGAGGGAUGUGUGAUCACUGAAAACUUCAAUAAAGAAAAUGGCCCUUCAUUGAAACAGGAAGAGAAUAAUCCGUCUGAUGAUAAGUCCGCAGAACAGACAUGCGAGAACAAGUCGCAAAACCUGAACGUUACACCAAACUGGGGUUCCAUUGAGAAACUACAGCAGGACACCUCUUCUGAUCCAGAAUCUUUUAUGAUGGACCAACAGGACACAGAUAUUCAUGAAGUGGAGCUUGCAGUGGACAAAGAUGACCAGGAAAUUGCCAAAGAAGAGGUAGAAGAGAUUUCACCUCUGUUACAGCAAGACGAUACACCCGGCGAGUCUUCAGAGGAAGAGGAAGACACAGAACAUAAAACAGACUCCAGCAGCAUCCUACCAUCAUCUGUGCUCGACAAGGCCAGCGCCAUCGCUGAGCACUUCGUCUCCAAUGCACGUUGUAGUAGCGUCAGCGCAGAUGAAGUAAAGUCCCUUGGAUGCGCAUCUCCACAUCUUCCCAGCAGAACUGGAAGCAUGUUAAGUUUGGGAGACCCCCAAGAGCGCCUGCUUCGUCUAACUAGCACCUGCUCGGAGACGCAUGGUGUUCCGUUGACUGAAGAGGCCUUUGUGUCAGCCGACCUUAUAUUUGCGUCUCCAACGGAUGACGGUCCCUUCGAUUUAGACCAAAGCGUCCAGAGAAGAAGGGAUUCCGUGCUUUCAAGGCAAGACCAGCUUCUUAUCAACAAGAUUAGGAGCUACUAUGAAAACGCCGAACACCAGGAUGCUACUUUUAGCCUGAAGCGUAGAGAAAGCCUCAGUUACAUUCCAAGUGGGCUUGUGAGAAGUUCAGUUAGUCGUUUCAACAGCAUUCCUAACGAUAAUAAAGUUGCACAAGAGAAAACCACCAGUUCGUCUGAAACCGUUCAGGUGUAUACCUCAGACGGAGAAUCUUCUUUGGUUACAUCCGCUCUAUCAGAACCUGAAAGGAAUACAAACGUGCCAUUUCUGGAAACUUCUGUCAUGAGUGCUUCUUCAGAUUUCUUUAUUGGUUCUGAUGUUGACGGUGCCAUGAAACCUCAAGAAGAGGUUUUCCGCCCCUCCUCUGAUAUGAUCAAAAUCUGGCAGGAUAUGGAAAGAGAGGUUACUAAAUGUCAAGGGGACCUCAAGACAUUGAGAUCCAGAGAGACUCCUUAUUUUAGAGGGGCGAAUCCUGGCCUGCCAAGGAAUGGUCAAAAUCAGGGUUCAAAGCCAGAUGGUGGACAUAGACUGAGGUUACUUGAAGGAUCGGAUCUUAGUGCUAUAAGAGAAGAGUCCUUGACACCAUCACCUCCUAGAGAGACUGGAAAAAUCUUGGACAGAGCAGCCAGUGAGAAUGAUGCCCUUGUACUCAGACCUCGGGAGGAUGAUGGAAGACCCUUUAAACCUUUAGCCCCCCGAGUUAUCCAGCUGAGAGCAGAAGCUGAUAAAGAGAAAGAUUCAGAUCCUCAGUCGGCGGAAGAUGAAGAUGAAGCAGAAAACAAAGUCCUCCAUCUCGCAAGAAAAUACAGUCAACGCAUCAAGGGCCCACAACCUUUGUUGAGGCUCAGAAGUCAGGACUCGGGAGAUACAUGGUCGGUCAAGAGGAACCUGCCAUCGGUGGUGGAGGAAAAGUCGGAGGAGUUGAAAGGUCCUUCGAACCUUAUGCUGUCCCUGACUCCAAAUGAGCAGACCGAUGGAGACCAGAAGGCCCAGGAUAUGACUCCCAGUCCAGUGCACACUCCUAAUUCUGUCGGCACCCCGAAGGGAUUGUCCCCACGACAGCCUCGUUCCAGAAGUCCUCAUAGUCCACCAACAUCUGGGAACUUCAACUGGCCAGACGUCCGUGAGCUUUGUUCCAAAUACUUGAGCACCUCUUCUACGCAGCCACCGGUAAACCAAAGUCGUCUGGCAUCAGAGAGGAUGUUUGACAGUGGGUCAAGUAGACGGUCUAGCUGCAGUUCCUCCCCUAAUGGCUUUUCAGACCCGUCAACUCGCAACAAGGUCUGUCAAGGAAGUGAAGAUGGGCUAUAUAGGACCCAGCGUUUAGGUUCUUUGGACCGUAAAUUGGGAGAUUUGUCUUUAGGUGAUUUACAGAAUCUUCAAAGCAGAAACGUUAGCAGUGGUUACUACGUCUCAGCCAAGGCCACCCUCCCCAAUGACAAAAGCAUAAUAGUGAUCGAGAAACUUCCAGGAGCGACCCCAGAGACAGAACAACCGGAUAAACCGGAAAUGAUUACAGAUGGAACGAGUGAUAGCUAUGUUCAAAUACGUUCACCAACAUCUCAUGAGAAGCUGUCAUUCAUGGCUGUCUUUGACCGCUGCCGGGCCUAUCAGGAGUCAGAGGAGUAUCGUCUGAGACAAGAGGGUGCGGGGUCUAGGCCAGAACAACUGCCUAAGACUGAGAGGCGGAAAGAACUAGAGAAAGCGCCGUCCUCUUGCGAACACGUAGACAAGGCUCCUAAAAAUGCAGUGGAUUCUGGAAAAAAGGCGGAUGCUAGUCAACAGAGCGUUGUCAAGAACCUCCGAGAAAAAUUCCAAAACUUAAGAUAGAGACAGUUUAUAUUUGUAUAUUUUGGCUCUUCUUUACUUUCAUUUUAAAGAACGUGUUCUUUAUUUGCCAAAAAUAUUGGCUGUGAAAUAUUCUUUCUUUAUUUUAUUUUUUUAAGUAAUUUACCACUGAAGAUAUGGUCGGCGUAUAAUGUACUGUAGCAUAAUGAAUCAUAUUUAAAACUGAAAAUUAAUUAAUGUUUUACUGGUAUUUCAGACACUGCAUAACUGCCUACUGUUGUAGAAAAACCUGAAGUGUAAAUAAGGUUGUACAUGCAUUUUUUUCUGUUUUCCCAUUUUCACACUCGAUUGUAGAUAUAUAUGUAUAAAUGGAAGUCACUUUACUUAAUUGUAAAGGAAAUGUUUUUAAAGCAGUUAUACUGUAUUUUCAGGCAAUCUAAUGCGACAUCACUUAUCUAGGGUUUCACUAACAAGGGAUAAAAUCUACUCUUUACUACAAUAUUAAGCCCUGGCGGAGUAGUGGGAUUCCAGUCUAACAAAGACUCUUAAAUGCGAUAAACCACUUAAAUGGGGUGUUAUUUUCACAUUUAAUCUUUGGCACCUUUACUCUCUAAACCUCUUUUGAUUUAAAUCGUACAAGUGGGAAAAGACACACGUAUAGCUUUAUAGGUCAAACAAGGGACAACUGUUGCUUUGACCCUAAAAUUGCACUUUGAUUUCAUAUGGCAUUAAUUGCAGUCAUUUGUGCUUACAGUAGCAUUAGCGUUGGGCUGUAAAGAAAAACACAUCUUUUAAUGAAACGCUUUUAACCACAUGAGUUAUGCUGAUUUGCUGUGUAUUCUGUACUUUUCUAAAUGUCUGCUAAGGUCAGAUUCAUCAUGUGUCUUUGUGUUAUUUAUUAUGCUGUAAAUUUCCAUACUGUACAUGUCUGACUUCAUAAAUGCAUCAAACAAUGAUUAAACCGUGCAAUUUUAA